AGUAAACGCCAUUUUUGGAUGAUGAUGUGCUAGUCAGCAGAUCCUGGCUGCUGGUUAAAACGCAGUUACGCUUGCUGGUGUGGAAAAUGAGUUUAUAGAAUUCGCUUUAAGAUCAGAUUAAAACAGACAUGGAUCAGUUUAAGAGGACAGGCGUGCUUGCACUUGGAACAUGGUGCCUUGUUGUCGUUUUAUUACUUGUUCGAAUUGACAGCGCCAGUGUUGAAGGAAAGACAGCGGGCGACAGAUCUGUAGGAAACGCAGCAGCUCAAAAUGACACACUCACAACAACAGUGGCAACACCUUGCACAAACAGUUCAGGUGAAAAUAACACCUGUAACAGUACGACGACCAAUGACACAGAACAAGUAUCGACGGGGUAUAUUUGGAAAAAAAUAAAUGAAAAUCGAGCCAUGUUGCAGAGGGCCUUUUACGUGCUGCUGGGGGUGACAUUCAUAGUCAUUGUCUAUUUUGGAAUUAAGUAUAUCAGGGUUAGAAAAGCAAAAAAUAAAUCCAGGAAGUACGGUGUUCUGGCGACAUCAGACAACAUGGAAAUGAGGCCUUUGGAACAAAGCGAUGAAGAGGAUGACAACACUUUGUUUGAAAUGCGCAGCAAUAAGAGGUAGACUUG